AUGACAGUGUGCUUGCUACUGGCAGCCGAUCUACAGUGCAUCAUGGCGCGGUUUGCAACGGUGGCUAUCGUUGGGCUUUUAUGUUUACCGUACUGCCUGUCGGUGGGCAGUGCCGAGAACAAUCUCGCCGUUAAGUUAUUUGUGAAAAGCAGUGGUGAGAGCUCGCAACCCCAACCGGGCUUUAGCAGCUACCCAGCAGCGUAUCGUGCGCGUUACGUGCCGUCAUAUGCAAGCGCCGCACCGGAGUACUUCCGCACUGGUUUCGGACACGUGGUGAUGUCGCAGGCUGCGUUCGUAGCCGAGAUCAAUAACCGCACAACGAACUGGAGCGCGGGCGUUAAUCCUAAGCGCAAUGAUCAGUAUCGUGCGGGAGUGCUGUCGGACGAAUCGAUGAAGUACCAACUGCCGCAAGCAUUCGUGUUGAAGAUGGAUGUAGACCCGCUGCCGAUGUCUUUCGACGCUCGCCAGAAGUGGUCGUACUGCCCGAGCAUGAAUGUGGUGCGUAAUCAGGGAUGCUGCGGAUCCAGCUACGCCGUUGCUGCCGUGUCUGCCAUGACGGAUCGCUGGUGUGUGCAUUCGAACGGAAAGGCCCAGUUCAACUUCGGAGCGUACGAUGUUGUGUCUUGUUGCCAUCGGUGUGGGUUCGGUUGCGAUGGUGGAGUUCCCGGUGCCGUGUGGCAGUAUUGGGUAGAGAACGGUGUCACUAGUGGCGGUGCGUUCGGAUCCCACGAGGGCUGUCACUCGUAUCCGUUUGACGUCUGCAAAAGCCCGGAAGAUGGCAACGAUGCUCCACGGUGCACGCGCUUUUGCCAACCUGGCUACAAUGUGACCUACGUGGAGGAUAAGCGGUACGGACGGGUUGCCUACUCCGUGCCCAAGGACGAAGAGCGCAUCAUGUACGAGCUGUACAAUUUCGGCCCGGUGCAGGCCUCCUUCAGCAUGUACACCGAUUUCGUGCAGUACAAGAGCGGCGUUUAUCGUCACACGUUUGGUGUGCGCGUUGGAACACACUCGGUUAAGCUGAUGGGCUGGGGAGAGGAGAAUAAUGUUAAAUUCUGGCUAUGCGCUAACUCGUGGGGCGCCGAGUGGGGUGAUGGUGGCUUUUUCAAGGUCGUUCGCGGUGAGGACCAUCUCGGUGUCGAAUCGAACGUUGUCACCGGGUUGCCAUUAUUCCGUUAA